AUGAAGCGAUUCACAUUUACUCUCGGCCUGGCAGCUACCGUCAGUGCUGCAGAACUUUGUUCAACUCCAAGACUAUCUGUUCAAGGAGCGGAUACCAUUCUGUUGAGAAACUAUGCUUCGGGGUUGAGAAAUGGUGCACCAUAUGUCAACUAUGAACAUGGGGUUGGAUGGAGAGCCUUGGAACUCCUCUACAAUAGCACUGGUCAGGCGAAGUACCUUGAUCAUAUCAAGACUGGAGCCAAUCAUGUUGUUACUGAGGAAGGCGGUCUGAACGAUUACGAUUUGAAAUACUACACUCUGGAUGAUGUCAGGAUUGGAGAGAGUCUGAUUUUCUUGCACAAAGAGACUGGAGAAAAAAGGUUCAAAGGUGCUGCCGAUCUCCUGAGAAGCCAGCUCCAAACCAACCCUCGCAACCCAGAAGGUGGCUUCUGGCAUCGCUCUACAUACCCUAAUCAGAUGUGGCUGGAUGGGCUGUACAUGGUGUCUCCAUUCUACACUCAUCAUACCGCAUACUACGCGCCAGAUAACAUCACAGCCUUUGAUGAUAUCGUCAAACAGUUUACUCUCUCGCACACGAACUGCGUCAAUUCUAAUCCUAACCAAACAGGUCUUUUGAAACACGGCUACGACUCUAGCCGCACCGCAGUAUGGGCCGACAAAGCCACAGGUGCCAGUCCAGAAGUUUGGAACAGAGCUUUAGGCUGGUAUGUCAUGGCCAUUGUUGACGUUCUCGACUACCUCCCAGCAUCGCAUCCGGGCUUUGUAACCCUGAAGGCCAUUCUCGAGGAGAACGUUGCCGCUAUCAAGAAAACUGUUGACGUCGACUCCAAGAUGUGGUGGUUGGUUAUGGGGUGGCCAAAUCGCGAGAAGAAUUAUAUCGAGAGUAGUGGCAGUGCAAUGUUCAUCUAUGCUAUUUUUAAGGGGAUCCGGAUGGGUUAUUUAGAUAGUGCGACAUACUUGGAGACAGCCACGGUGGGAUAUGAGAAAUUGGUUGAAAGAUUUGUUACGUCUAAUGAUGAUGGUGGGUUGGACUGGGCUGGUACGGUCAGUGUGGGUAGUCUGAGUGGGAAGGGAGAUUAUGACUAUUAUGUUUCUGUUGCGCUGUCAACAAAUGAUUUGAAGGGCCUUGGUCCUUUUAUCUUUGCCAGCGUUGAGUAUGAAAAGGCUGUGUGCUAACUGGUGGCUCAAGAAGAAGUUAUGCUUGGCGGAGGAAGUUGUGAGAUAUUGGAUCUAUGUAUUGUUGGACAGACGGCUUGGAGAAGGAGAGGUCUCUAUCCUAGAAGUGUAUUUAGCUUAUUAUAAGCUGUAAGCUCGCGUCAAUGAACUUCAUGCUAUAUGUUUAUUAUCUGCGAGUAGAGUGCUGGUGUCAAUACUGAACAGGCAGUUGUUAUUGUUCGCUUACGGCUUGUAAACUUUAUCGGAGGGGUAGCCACUCCUUGCCGAGUGACGAGACUGAAGGUCAAUCUCUAUGUCAAGGUUUUGGCAUUCCAGAUUGUUCUACGACCUGUCCGAUUCGUCGGAGAUAUCUCACGAGACGAAUCUCCUUGUCAUUAGGUAGCGUAAGAAUUGUCGCGCUG